ACAAGAUGGAUAAAUAUUUGAUGAUCUAAUAAUGUUGGAGGUUCGUAUCCGCACAAAGGAGGGGAUAAGAAGUGUUGUGCUACCAGAUUAGUGUAAUUGACUAAUUGCUACACGGCAUUUCAUCCAUCAAUGGCUCCUCCUACGGCCCAAAGGUUAAAAGGUAAGGUCGCAAUCAUAACAGGAGGAGCAAGUGGUUUCGGUAAGACCACAGCGGAACUCUUUGUUGAACACGGCGCCAAAGUCGUAAUCGCAGAUGUUCAAGACGAGUUAGGCCUUUCUUUGUGCAACCAAAUAAUUACUUGGUUCAACAACAACGACAAUGAUGACGAAGAACUAAUCACUUACAUUCAUUGUGAUAUUUCUAAUGAGAAUGACGUGAAAGAUCUCGUUGAUUUCACCAUAGCUAAACACGGAAAACUCGAUAUCAUGUUCAACAAUGCUGGCAUAUUCGGAGACCCAAACCCGUCAAUUUUAACAACCACAAAUGAAAACUUUAAAAGAGUGUUCGAAACAAAUGUGUAUGGUAGUUUCUUAGGAGCUAAGUAUGCAGCGAGAGCAAUGAUUCAGGGUAAGUCCGGUGUAAUACUCUUUACGUCUAGCAUUGCUGCAAUUACCGCUGGGCAGGCACCACAUGCAUAUACUGUGUCCAAACAUGCAAUUAUUGGUUUAAUGAAAAACUUGUGCGUUGAAAUGGGUCAAUAUGGUAUUAGGGUUAACGCGAUUUCACCGGGUGCUGUUUCGACGCCAUUAGCAAUUAAAGCGUUAGGGAUUGACAAGGACACAAUGGAUGGCUUGAUUUCUGAAUGUGCUGUGCUUAAAGGGGCUGCUCUUGAGGCGUUAGAUGUGGCUAAUGCAGCCUUGUUUUUGGCAAGUGAUGAAGCUAAGUUUGUCACUGGUGCUAAUUUUGUUCUUGAUGGUGGCUAUACCCUUCCUAAUCCAACUUUCUCCAUGGCUGUCGAGGAAUCUUUAGGACGUACUUCACAUUAAUUGUUUAGGAUAUAUAUUUUUUUUUUUUUGCUAAUAGUUGUAAUUUACCUUAAUUACUUUCCCUUAAAAAACAAAAAACCUUAAUUACUUUUUUUUGCUAAUAUUUUUACUUCACAUUAAUUGUUUAGAAUAAACGGGUUUAUGUCUUAAAUAUGAAGUGUGUAUUAUUCUAAGAAUUGAAGAGGA